AUGAAACGACGAGCAAGUAGGAAUAAUCUGCAAGACAAUAAAAAAGUGGAGACUCCUAAAAAGAGUACACCACCAGUAGUAGUGGAUAAUAUUUCGGAUCAGGCUUUAUCAGAGUCAAGUAUAAAAGCAAUACAAAAAUUAGCUGGACAAUUAGCGAGCGGGAAGAAACUUUUAUUUGUGACUGGAGCAGGUAUUUCGCAAAUAUCAGGAAUUCCAACAUAUAGAGGAGAUGCCAAUUCAAUUUGGUCGAAUCAUAUUCUUGAUAUGGGUACUAGGAAAAUGUUUCAAAGGGAUGAAUUACAUUGGUACAAUUCAUUUUGGUUGACAACCCAUCACAAGAGAGAAUAUUUUGUUGCCAAACCAAAUGAAGGACAUUUAGCUAUUGCGAGAUUGAGUAAAUUAUGUAAUUUGAGAUGUAUUACACAGAAUAUUGAUCAUUUACAUUCAAAAACAUCUCUAUCACCAUCCCAUAUAAUAGAGGUUCAUGGUAGAUUAGGUCUUUAUAAGUGUAUUAAUUCUAGAAAAAAGAAUCCUUGUCCAUAUGCCAAAACACAUAGUAUUGAUACAGUACAAUUGGAAAAGCAUAGUAAUGAUUAUCAUCAAAAUAAGCCCACUUUUACCAUCAAAUCAGUACCAAAAUGUCCCUUCUGUAAAACUCUUCUCCUUCCACAAGCCCUCUUAUUUGAUGAGAAAUAUGAAUCACAUGAUUUUUAUCAAUGGAGAAAAGCACUGCAAUGGAUUGCUGAUUGUGAAGUCAUUUGUUUUGUAGGAACAUCAUUUUCUGUAGGUGUUACAGCUGAAUGCUUGUCAAUUGCCAAGGACAAUGACAAAACCCUCUACAAUUUUAAUAUUAGGGUAGAUAAGGAGGUUAAAAAUCUUCCAGGAAUGUAUCAUAUUGUAGGAAAAUCUGAAAUUUCACUUCCAUUCUUAUUUAAUACAUUGGUGGAAAUUGGGAAGAGUCAACAUUUAUCUCACAAGCCACGAAUGCACUUUUAUUCGAGCCAAUAUUCAAGUACACACAAAGUGGUGAAAAGAACUAAUCUGAAAAGACUACAAAGAAACAGUAAAGUCAUUCACAGUGAUGAUGAGCAACAGCAGCCUGUUGAAGAGCAUGAAUAUGAUAGUGACCAUGAGAGAAUCUCUAAAAAGAUCAAAUUCAAGGAGUACUCUUCCAGUGAUGAUGGUGCUAGUUCUAGUGAGGAAGGAGAAACUGAGGAAGAAUUUGACGAUUCCGAUGAGGAUUAUUAA